CGCUCCUGGGGGGUGUGACGCACACAUAGGGGUGGCGCCGAUCAUAGUUUCCACGUGUCUUGCUGAACUCACACCUGCAAUGUUCUAUUCAGCGCGGAGCCAGACAUUCAUGCGAAGCCAUGCCAAAAAAAGGCCCCGCGAAGCCAAUUACUGUAUAUAAAGCGGCAUGAGCAAAAACGAGAAGAAGCAGCCAGUACAAAAACAAGACGCCCCCACGGGGCCACACGGCCUCGGCGGGCCCGGCGGGCUUUCUCGCAACCGCCGCGCGCGGAGGGCAAACCCCGCCGCGAAAGAACAAUAUGCCAAGGGGGAGGAGGGAGAGGAAGAGGAGGAGGAGGAGGAGGAGGAGGAGGAGGAGGAAAAGGAAGCGGAGGAGGAGGGGGGCGCCCUCCUCCGGUGUCUCGGUGGACAUGGGGCGCUAUGCGCCGUGGAACCCCCCCAUGCAGGGAACGCCUGCUUAAAAUUGUAGCCAUGCUCUGAGAAUUCUCUGAGCAGCCGCAAUGAAUCGACGGGAGAAGCCCAGGUGGCUGGCCCAUUACAGA